AGAUUACUGAACAUUCAAUUUGCGGUAUUAUUCAUUCCUCUCCAAAGCUUCGACAUCUUGACAUUUCCUUUUGUGAAAUUACUGAUAUGGCUAUCAAAGAAGUUGCUAGAUCAUGUCUUAAUUUAAAAUAUAAUAAUUUGAGAGGGUGUUUUAGAAUUAGUAAAGAAGCCAUAGAUCA